GGUUCAUGUAAACUAACAACAUGGAGCAGCAGGAGGAAGACCGAGACCAGACAUCUGGAACUGCUGGCAACGACGCAGAUAUCGCUUCAGUCAUGGGCUUCUCGGGGUUUGGAAAAAAAGCCCGGACGUUUGAUCUGGAUGCAAUAUUUGAGCAGACCAGAAGAACUGCAAUUGAAAGAAGCCAGAAAGUCAUGGAGCAGCAAGAAAUGAAAGAAGCUGAAAAGCAGAAGCAGGCGUUAAUGAGAGGGGAUUCUCAUGCUGGCAAGGCUUCUGUUUCUGGUGGUAAAGGACACCCUGCUAUGUCAUCUUCCAGAGCUCAAUCCGACAACAGCAGCAGCAGCGAUAGUGAAGAUGAUUCAGAGGACAAAUUGAUUGGCCCCCCUCCCCCAGGUCAGCUGUCUAGUCGAAGAGCAGCAGAGGAGGAUGAAGAAUUUGUGGGGCCUCCUCUUCCUCCCGGGUACAAAGACAGUGAUGAGGAGGAGGAUGAGGGGGAAGAUGAUAACCCUGUGAAGCGAAUUCCUGAUACACAUGAAAUUACACUGCAACACGGGACAAAAACGGUGUCUGCGCUGGGGCUGGACCCCUCUGGAGCUCGGCUUGUUACUGGUGGGUAUGACUAUGACGUCAAGUUCUGGGAUUUUGCUGGGAUGGAUUCAGCUCUCCAGGCUUUUCGCUGUCUUCAGCCUUGUGAGUGUCACCAGAUCAGGUCGUUACAGUACAGCAUUACAGGGGAUGUCAUCCUUGUUGUGUCUGGGAACUCGCAGGCCAAGAUCCUUGACCGAGAUGGUUUCCAGGUAAUCGAGUGUGUCAAGGGCGACCAGUAUAUUGUGGACAUGGCAAACACAAAGGGCCACACUGCAAUGCUCAACAGUGGCUGUUGGCAUCCCAAGAUUAAAGAAGAGUUUUUAACCUGUUCCAAUGAUGGAACUGUGAGGACGUGGGACAUAACCAAUGAGAAGAAGCAUAAGAACGUGUUUAAACCUCGGUCCAUGCAAGGCAAGAGGGUGAUCCCCACCUCUUGCACAUACAGUAGGGAUGGCAAGCUGAUUGCAGCUGGCUGUCAGGAUGGAACCAUCCAGAUCUGGGACAAAAACCUCAGUGUGCACACAAAGUUUCACUGCCGACAGGCCCAUAUUCCAGGCUCUGAUCCAUCCUGCCUAACGUUCUCAUAUGACGGCACUGUUCUGGCCUCUCGGGGAGGAGAUGACACUCUUAAAACAUGGGAUAUGAGAAACUUUAAGAAGCCUCUCAAUGUGGCGACUGGUUUAUCCUCCUUCUUCCCAAUGACAGACUGCUGUUUCAGUCCAGAUGACAAGCUUCUUAUGACCGGGACAUCUGUCAAGAAGGGGGCGGGAAAUGGAACGCUUGUUUUCUUUGACCGUCUGACUUUCCAGAAGGUUUAUGAAAUAGAAGUUGCAAGCUCGAGUGUUGUCCGCUGUUUGUGGCACCCAAAAUUAAACCAGAUCAUGGUCGGGACUGGGAAUGGACUGGCCAAAGUAUACUAUGACCCUAUCAAGAGUCAAAGAGGAGCAAAGUUGUGUGUUGUGAAGAGUCAGCGAAAAGAAAAGCAGGCAGAGAGUCUCACGCAGGAUUACAUCAUAACACCUCAUGCACUACCAAUGUUCCGGGAGGCUCGGCAGCGCAGCACAAGGAAACAGCUGGAAAAGGACAGACUGGACCCAAUGAAAUCCCAUAAACCUGAACCUCCAGUCUCAGGGCCAGGUCGUGGUGGGCGUGUGGCAAUGCAUGGCGGCACUUUGUCCUCAUUUAUUGUGAAGAACAUAGCCCUCGAUAAAACCGAUGACAGCAACCCCCGAGAGGCUAUACUGCGCCAUGCAAAGGAAGCCUCCGAGAACCCAUACUGGGUUGCACCUGCAUAUACCAGGACCCAGCCAGAGCCUGUGUUUGCUGAAGAGGAAUUGGAUGAUGAGGAAGCAGACAAGGAGCCGCAAUGGAAGAAGCGCAAGAUCUGAACUGACUUGGACUGUCUUAAGAUGUGCGUCAGCAUCAGGGUUUUUAACUUGUGAAGAUUUUUUUGUUUGUUCAUCUCUAAAAACUGACUUUAUAACCCCUUUACCCUAAUAGACAUGAUGAAACAUUGCUUUUAUAUUAUCUGCGAAUCGGCUCCAGGUAUUACUUUUGAUGUCUUUGCAAAGCAACCUGCAUAACGCUAUAUUGAUGAAUGCAGUACUAUUGAGAGGGCUGAAAGUCUUUUCAACCCAUACAACAGUCUUAUUUUUUGUUUGAAAAAAUAAAAAAAUAUAUAAUUCUCAGCAGACCAUAUCCAGGACUUAAAUGAUUGGUAAUGAAAAGCUGAUUUCUUCAGAACAAAUAAAAAUAUAUAUUUUAAAAACUCUCA